ACUCACCUCAUAUCAGUCACAUUACUUCUAUUCUAAAUAUAUAUUACCUGGGGUCACUUCAUUAUGCAUUCAGCUGCAAGCCAAUUUAUAGUUGUCAAAAGAUUCUUUUAAUAGCGUUUCCCUGAAAAAUGUUCUCUACAAAAAUUAUUUCAGAGAGUGAUUGUUACUAUGAAGCACUUGAGGAUGCAGAAGAUAAUCUCACUACUCCAUUUGCAAAGGCGGGGUUUCUAAGCAAAGCCUUGUUUGGCUGGCUGAGCCCACUGCUAAGGAAGGGAAAUGAGAGAAAUCUAAACGAAGAUGACAUCCCGGAGUUGCGAUCAGCCGAUCGGGCUGGUAGAUUGUACUUCAUGUAUAAGGAGCAUCUGGAGAGACAGAAACUUAAAUCUGUUUUCUCAGCCAUUCUGGCAAGCCAGAAAAAAUCUGUUCUGGUCUCUGGAUUAUUUGCACUUGUUAAGAUCCUAGCAGUUUCCACGGGUCCACUCUUCCUAUAUGCAUUCAUUGAGGUUGCAAAUGGGAGAGGAGCUUUUGAGUAUGAAGGAUAUGCUCUGGCUGCUGGGAUUCUUCUUGCCAAGAGCAUAGAAUCCCUUGCAGAAAGGCAAUGGUUUUUCAGAAUGAGACUGUUCGGGCUACAAGUAAGAUCACUUCUGACUGCAGCUAUCUAUGAAAAACAGCUCAGGCUCUCAAACACUGCUAAGACCAUUCACUCACCAGGGGAAAUAAUGAAUUAUGUCACUGUGGAUGCCUAUAAAAUCGGCGAAUUCCCGUAUUGGUUACACCAGAUAUGGACGACGUGCUUGCAGAUCCUUUGCGGGCUUAUCAUAAUGUACUAUGCCGUGGGACGGGCGACCGUUCCCGCUGUGGCAUUAGUGGUGUUGAGUGUUCUGGUGAAUUCUCCUGUGGCUAAAUUACAGCAAAAGUAUCUCUCAGAGCUUAUGGGGACUCAGGACAGAAUGCUAAGGGCAGUGACAGAAGCCCUCAUGAGUAUGAAGGUCUUGAAGCUGUAUGCAUGGGAGACACAUUUCAAGAAAGGCAUAGAAGGGCUGAGGAGAGAAGAGUUCAGAUGGUUGAAACUGGUCCUUUUCCAGAAAAGCUACUAUAUGGUUUUGUUCUGGUCAUCUCCAAUUAUAGUCUCUGCAGUGACAUUCUGGGCAUGCUGUGUUCUGAACAUCCCUCUCAAUGCCAGUAAUGUUUUCACAUUUCUUGCUACUUUGCGCAUUAUUCAGGAUCCUGUAAGGGCAAUCCCUGAUAUUCUUGGAGCAUUCAUUGAAGCUAAGGUUUCGUUUGCACGGAUUAUUAAGUUUCUUGAGGCACCUGAGUUACAGAAGGGGCAUAAAUGUAAUGGGAAAGAGCCUGAAAUCUUGAUUCAGUGUGCUGGGAUCUCUUGGGAUGACAAUCCUCAAUCACCAACACUACAAGAUAUAAGUCUUCAUGUUAAAGCAGGUCAGAAGGUAGCCAUCUGUGGAGAGGUUGGUUCUGGUAAAUCAACUCUCAUUGCUGCCAUUCUUGGAGAGGUUCCAUUUGUUGACGGCAAUGUUCAAGUUCAUGGAAAGGUCACAUAUGUUUCUCAAAAUGCAUGGAUUCAAACAGGGACAAUACAAGAAAACAUUUUAUUUGGUUCCAGUAUGGAUAAGGUAAAAUAUGAGGAGGUCAUGAAGAAGUCUUCUCUUGAGAAGGACCUUGAAAUGCUUUCUUUUGGGGACCAAACGGUAAUAGGCGAAAGAGGAGUCAAUCUAAGCGGGGGGCAGAAGCAGCGAGUCCAGCUGGCACGCGCGCUAUAUCAGGAUGCAGACAUUUAUUUAUUGGAUGAUCCCUUCAGUGCAGUUGAUGCACACACUGCAACAUAUUUGUUUAAUGAAUAUGUUAUGGGAGCUCUUUCAACAAAAACAGUGUUACUAGUAACUCACCAAGUUGACUUCCUCCCAGCAUUUGACUCCAUUUUGUUAAUGUCUGAAGGGAAGAUCUUGAAAGAGGAUACUUAUGCUCACUUGCUGACCUCUUGUAGAGAAUUUAGUAACCUUGUAUGUGCACACAGAGAGGCAGCGAGUUCCGAGACGAAUGUUACACAAACUAGAUCCAAAACUUCCACAAGAGGUAUUCCGAAAAUGGGCUGUGAUGAAGAUGGAGAAACAGAAGUAUGUAUUGUGGUUGGGGAGCAGUUGAUUAAGCAGGAAGAAAGAGAAUUCGGAAACACUGGUCUGAAGCCUUUUAGGCAGUACCUAGGCCAUAGCAAUGGCUUCAUUUACCUUCUUGUGAUAAUUAUUGCCCACUUAGCAUUCUUGGUUGGGCAGUUGGGUCAGAACCUAUGGUUAGCUGCUGGUUUAGGGAAUCCUGUUCUAAGCAAAACGAAUCUAAUCUUAAUAUUCUCAGCCAUAGGAUUUGGCAUGGCAUUGACCUUGCUUAUUAGGUCAUAUGCUAUAAUUUUCUUAGGCCUCAACAGAUCAAAAUCUAUAUUUGCUAAGCUGAUGGCCUCUCUUUUUAGAGCGCCGAUGUCUUUUUACGACUCUACCCCUAUUGGCAGAAUACUCAGUCGGGUAUCACUGGAUUUAAGUGUAGUGGACCUUGACUUGGCCAUGAAGUUCAGCCAAGCUGGAUCUGCAACAAUGACAACAUUCUUCAGCUUGGGAGUAUUAGCUGCUCUUAAUUGGCCAGUCUUAAUAGCCAUUAUUCCAACCGUUUAUGUCACCAUUGUUUUACAGAGAUUGUACUAUGCAUCUGCAAAAGAGCUUAUGAGAAUUGAUGGAACAACCAAGUCUUCGGUGGCUAGUCAUCUUGCCGAGUCCAUUGCUGGGGCUAUAACGAUAAGGGCUUUCGGGGAGGAGGAAAGGUUCUGCUCAGAGUAUAUGCACGUCAUUGACAAGAAUGCAACUUCUUCUUUUCACAGAUUUUCAUCCACGGAAUGGCUGAUCGAACGGUUGGAAGCAGUAUGCGCUAUCGUUCUCUCAUCCAUUGCUCUCGCCAUGUCUUUGAUCCCUUUUGAAGCCUCUAAAUCUGGGUAUAUUGGGAUGGCUCUUUCAUAUGCUCUCUCGCUAAAUGUAAGCCUAGUUUAUGCAGUUCAGAAUCAGUGUCUUCUAGAAAACUCUAUUGUAUCAGUGGAAAGACUAGAACAGUACAUGCAAAUUCCUAGUGAAGCCUCUGAAAUUAUAGAAAGCAACCGACCCACACCUGAAUGGCCUUCCAUAGGCAAAGUGGAGAUUCAUAAUCUCAAGGUAAGGUAUCAUGAGAAUGCUCCUUUGAUUCUCCAAGGCAUUAGUUGCACAAUUGAAGGAGGCUACAAAGUUGGCAUUGUUGGCAGGACAGGUAGUGGCAAAACCACUCUCAUUAGCGUAUUGUUUCGGCUCGUGGAGCCCACCGAAGGGUCGAUCUUCAUUGACGGUGUUAACAUCUCGACGAUUGGGAUCCAUGACUUAAGAUCAUCGUUGUCAAUCAUCCCACAAGAUCCUACACUCUUCAGUGGGACAAUCAGAUACAACCUUGACCCCUUGUCAGAGCACACAGAUGAUGAAAUAUGGGAGGUUCUUGGAAAGUGUCAACUUAGACAUGCAGUUCAACAAAAAGAAGUUGGGCUCGACUCUACGGUGGUACAAGAUGGAUCGAACUGGAGCAUGGGACAACGACAACUAUUCUGCUUAGGACGAGCUUUGUUGAAGCGGAAGAAGAUCCUAAUCUUGGAUGAAGCUACUGCAUCAAUAGAUAAUGCAACUGAUUCAAUUAUUCAGAAAACGAUAAGAAAAGAGUUUGCAGAUUGCACUGUAAUCACAGUGGCUCAUAGAAUACCAACAGUCAUGGAUUGCACAAUGGUGCUUGCUAUAAGUGAUGGUAAGGUGGUAGAGUAUAACAAUCCAAUGAAGCUUAUUAGUGAAGAAGGGUCACUAUUUGGCGAGCUUGUGAAAGAAUAUUGGUUGCGUACUGGAAACAUGUAGUUCCAAAAGCUAAGUGAGAAGACAAGUUGAUGAUGAGGUAUUAAAUGCUAAGGGGUUUAGUGCACCAACCCCAUGCUAUAUAUGAAGUAUAAAUUUUUAGUGUUAUCAUAUCUUAUUUGAAAAAAAAAGAUACUUGUGUAGGUUUUGAUUGCCAAACCUUAAAUGUGAAAUGAUAUUAAUAUAAUGAAGAUUAAUAUGCAAACUAAAAAAAUGCAAGUGAA